ACAGAGUUUUUGUUACUUUAAAAUGGGACCGGAGGUGCUGACUUCCUCAGUUGUCUUGACAGGAACAUUUCGUGGUGCUUUUGUAAGCACUGCAAAUAUCUCACAUGUACUAAUAUUAUACUAUAGUAAAGUUUAAACCUUCAGGAUCUACAUAUCGUCCCACGAUUUAAAUAAUACAAAAUAAGUUCAAACCUGAUAAAAAUCAAAAUAAAAAAAUACUAUUAUUAACAGACUUACACACACUGCUAGUGAAGUUAUUUAUUUAUUUAUUUAUUUUUUUUAACGAAUCCCUUGCUUUUAAAUUAUUCUGAAAACCGUUGUCACUUAUUACUGUACUAGAAGACAGCAUUAGGUUAUGAAGUACUGUACAUUGACACGGUUGUUUAUGCUCACGAAGCAAAACAAUCUAACCUAACCUAAAACUGUAUGAGAAGUAAACUUAUAUAAUGUCGUUGUUGUAAAUAAUCACAUUCCACUACACAGCACCCUCACGUAAGCCGCGUGACUGAACCAGGAAGGUACCAUUGUGGUGUUUCUAUGGUAACACAUAAUACAUUCAGCGAACUCGAUCUUCAACACUGUCAACGUUUGUUUCAGAUACACGUUGUACAUUGUCGUGCAGAACGAUUGCAUUACAAUAUGCUGAUAAAUACCAAUUGACUGUCUAAAUAAAGUCUGUAUUCUGAAUUAUCUAAAAUGCCAAAAGGAGGAAGUUACAAUCCGUCUCCCGACAGCGAUGGGAAAUGGUUUUCUCAUAGAGGUUUGCCUGCAAUCCCUCUGAAAAGACACACAGCAACAAGCACGGGUUCCAUGCUAAACCAGGUGACCACUGCCAUCCCAUGUGUGCAGGGGGUGAGGUUUCCAAAAACCUUUAUACAGCAAGAAGGGAAAACAUCAGGGAGAGAAUAUCCAUUUUCAGUUCAUGACAACAGGCUUGCAUUGCAGGACACUAUGUAUGUGUGUGAUUCUGGACUGGGUCGCAGAAAGGCUAAUUGGGAAAAAAGGCAGCACACAUCUCACAUCGCUUGCCUCUGGGCUCCAGGAGCACUGGGGAGAGAGGACGACUGCACAUGCUAUCAGACAGACUACCUAGGUUGCCAGGAUACAGAGUCCCCUGUGUACAGGCGUUACCCCAGAAGCCACACGAGGGGCUCUAGCUGCAGUGCCGCCCCUGCUGGUAAUGACUACUUGUGGUUCGGGAGGCACAGCACAAAGCAGCAAGCCCCUCUACAUGUUCCGGUUAACAUUCAGUUUCCCUGGAUAUACUCCUGCUACACCAAAAGUAUCUCGACUAAAUAUGAGUAGCGGUAAUCUGCAGAGCAGCUGUUCUUUUUUUGUAAUGUUAUUAUUCUUACACACCACCUGCUUUAAAGUCAUGCACACCACAGUAGGGAUUUUUUUUUUCCUUAACCAGGCAUACGCAACUCAUUGAUUCACUGAGACUCUCAAUGAGAACUUUUUAGAAAUAAGCACAAACAGAAAGCUGAACAGUAAUCACAUUAGAAAAUGUAAUAGUUGAUGUAAUCCGCACAAUAAAUCUUCCAAAUGUU